AUGGCUCUCAGCAAUGGCCGUUUGAAUGGCAUGCUCAUAUUCAUUGUCGGCCUGACCCUCAUUUGUCUGCUCUUCAAGCGUUACCAUGACAACGAUCUCUCUCGAUGCAAGUCACUUCUUGAACAUGGUCGCUGGUCCCACGAUCUCUCGACCGGCUCUCCACAUCUCGAAUGGCAUCCGGCUGGCUGCAUGAAACCAAAUUACAAAGUCAACCCCCACCCUAUUCAGACCUGCUUUCAAGAUACAUAUUUGAUCGGCGACUCUUCCGCUCGCGAGCUUUUCACCGAACUUGAGGCGCGAUGGAGGCUUCCUGGUCUUCAUGAAGAUGCUCCCGUGCACUCCAACCUAUCAUUUACCGUCGAAGGUGAAUCAAUCGACUUCAUCUGGGAUCCUUACUUGAAUUACACGCAUCUUGUCGGGUUUAGAAACACCAAAUCAGCACCUCAUGCGCAUAUUGACCAGUGGCGCUCUCCCUCUUCCGUCGUGGUUGGAUCGGGCAUGUGGCACGCCAGAUAUCUGAACGAUAGUUACGAGAAGGAUUUUGAGGCCGACAUUCGCCGCCUAGUGAGAAGCCGGAACGGUCUCAGAGAGACUGAAGCCAGACCAAUCUUCAUGCCGAUCAUUCCUCCCUACCAGCCUUUUCUGAACCACGAGCGAUCGUCGAUGCUGACUCCGAAGCGUAUCACCAGAAUGAACCAGCUACUGUACAAUUUGUCCGCCGAGCAUCAUGUCGAUAUGAUGUUGGCUACCCUGCCAGCCAUCCGUGAUCAACCCUCGGCUUACGAGGAGGAUGGUCUUCAUCAUAAACGAAUCAUCUCCACAAUGCAGCUUGAGGUGUUGACGGCUCGACUUUGUCCCAGAGCGUAUGACCAUAGCUGUUGUUCCCGAUCCAUGGAUUUUUCAUUUGGUCAGAUGCUUGCAGUUACUGUGGCUGCGCUACUCGCCAUCAUCUGCUUGAUGAUGAACCGAGGCUCUUCCUCGCUCAUUGGGGCUGUAGGGAUGAUAUCCUUGACAGUCUGCUAUUGCCUGUUCGCCGAUCGAACCACACUGUUUGAGAAGGCCACUAAGCUCAUUGAUGAGCACCUCUUCAUCGCAUUCUGCUACAUUGCUCUCGUGUGCGGGCUGCUCACAAUCGUGCGCUGCCAUGAGGACGACGGCCAAACCUGGGCCGACACGAUUCUUCCGCGACAGCAAACCGAGGAAUGGAAAGGAUGGAUGCAGGUUGUGAUCUUGCUCUACCACUUUUUCGGCAUGUCUCAAACUCUAUGGGUCUAUCGGCUUAUUCGAUUGAUGGUCGCUUCCUAUCUCUUUUUGACGGGUUUUGGUCACACGAGCUAUUUCAUUCGAACAGGCGACUUCUCCUUACGCAGGCUCACCGCCGUUCUAGUCCGCAUCAACCUGCUGAGCUGCACACUCUCGUUCAUCAUGGGGACCUUCUACCAGCUCUACUACUUUCCCCUGCUGGCUUCAGUCUGGUUCGUUGUGACUUGGGCCACUAUCCCGCGAACUCCUCCAGAAGGUGUAAGGCUGUCCAUCGCGGCCGUCGCUUUGGUCUGCUCAAUGUCAAUCUUCGGCUUGUUGUCAACGGUUUGGUUGGUUGAUGGUUUCUUCGCCCUUCUCUUCCAUGUUGGAAUGAUCACGCUCGACUUCAAAGAAUACAGCUUUCGGAUCAGUCUGGACUUCUAUGCGCCCUAUGUUGGUAUGCUGUUCGCCUUUGUCGUGGCAGUUGCCGCAGAGAGACGUUCGCAAUUUGAAUUCUUGCACCUCCACCAACUUCGGGCAAAGCAGUACCUCUGGAUAGCUGCCAGCUGUGCUCUGCUCGGGUACUUUACCUUUGCGAGCUUCCUGGGUGAUAAGCAGAUGUUCAAUCGUUAUCAUCCUUACUUGUCGCCAAUUCCGAUCAUCGGAUUCGUCGUUCUUCGGAACGGGACUUCGGUCCUUAGGAGCCACUACAGCCGCUUCUUCGCAUGGUUUGGUCGGCAUUCCCUAGAGACAUUCGUUCUUCAAUACCACAUCUGGCUUGCAGCCGAUACUCACGGCAUUCUACACCUUGGCAUUAUUGACAGCCGCUGGUCCGAGCGCAGUACGAAAGGUAGUUGGAGGUUCUGGACGGAGGUGUGCAUGCUCACUGCCGUCUUUCUCUGGGCAUGCAAAGCAGCCGCGAAGGCGACAGGUAUUAUUGUGGACUCGAUUGCGCCGAAGCAAGUUGAUGAAGGAUGGGACCCAGAGAAGAACAUGGCCCAGCCCGUCUGGGGAUCUAUGCCGGAGGCUAUCCGGAAGAACUUGCCCGAAGUGUCAGAAGACAGAAAGUUGCACGGGAAAGUAACUGUUUUGUUCAUUUCUUUGUGGCUGAUCAAUGCCUGGUGGCCGAAGGGUUACGGAUGGAUCUGCUGUAUAUCCUUCACAUUGAUCAAUGGCGCAACAUGGGGCAAUCUGGCCAGUUAUGGCGUGUAUCUUUCCUACUACAUCGACCACGGUGGGUAUGGAGGAAACCCUCUUGCAUAUUCAUUCAUCGGUGGUGUUAACUUCUGCGCCGCGAUGCUUUGUGCACCAGUUGUGAACAUCCUGAUCAAACGCUUCGGUACACAUGCGCCAAUGAUCGCCGGCUGUUUCCUUUGGUUGGCUGGCUGGUUAUGCGCGUCGUGGAGCACACUAUAUUACCAGCUUCUGCUCUCACAAGGUGCCCUCAUUGGCAUCGGCGCUGGAUUGAUCUGGCUGCCUGCUGCUCCCAUCCUUCCACAAUGGUUCUUGAAGAAAAGGAGCCUUGCUCAAGGCAUCGCAAGCUCGGGCUCAGGCAUAGUCGGCGUCGUGUACGCUGUGGCGACGAUUCCGAUGAUUGAAAACCUCUCACUUGCUUGGGCCCUCAGAAUUACAGGGAUAACCUCCUUCGUGAUGCUGUUCAUCAGCUGCUGCUUGAUUCGCGACAGAAACACCCACGUCCAACCAGAUAUUCGUCCUUUUGACACCAAUUUGAUCCGGCAGACUAACGUCUUACUGCUCUGUGGAUACACGGCUUGCACCACUCUGGGCUAUAUGACUGUCAUUUAUUCAUUUUCCGCCUUCGCCGUCUCGCUGGGCUACACGCAGAAACAAGGCGGCAACGUGAUCGCCAUACUCAAUACGGGUACAGGCCUCGGUCGCCCUCUGAUCGGAAUUAUAUCAGAUCGAUUUGGCCGCAUUACCACUGCCGGCGCCAUCACUGCCGUCAACAGUCUACUGGCCUUUGCAUUCUGGAUUCCUGUUACGACGUACGCACCUUUGAUCGUCCUCGCAUUGAUCUAUGGCGCCACGUGUGGAGUCUUCUGGGCCACAAUUGCCCCUAUAUGUGCCGAAGUCGUGCCUCUCAAUCAGCUGGCCUCGCUGCUGUGUCUGCAGUGGCUAACGGUGUCGAUGCCUUCACUUUUUGCACAAGCUAUCGCUUUGGAAAUCAGGCAGCCGGAGUCUGGACGGCCCUUCCUUUGGCCUCAGGUUUAUACGGGUGUGGCCUAUGCAAUUGGGGCGCUGAUGCUGCUGGAGUUGAGGCGGCGGGUGGUAGGCGGACUGUUUGUGAGAGAAAGCCAUAGAUAG